AUGAUGCUAUAUGUGCAUGGUACUGAGUCUGUUCUUGAUGAGACGAAACUUGUGGAGAUUCUUGGUGAUCUGAUUGAUGAUUCAACCUACUCAGAUAGAAAUUUGCUGGUUCUUGCUUGUUCCUGCUGGUUUCCUGCUGCUGUACUUAUUCUUGUUGCUGCCCAUUUUCCAGUUUUCAGAAACUUAUUUUCUGUUUUAUUUAAUUCUGCUGUCAUAGCACCCACUCAAAACAAAGCAAUUGGCGUUCCAGAAUUUGAUAGUUAUUUUCGAGCUGAAUUAUCAAACUCAGUAGACGUGGAGACGCGCGAGAGGAUACUAAAGGAAGCUAUUAAUGAAGUGAAGAUCAAUAACUGUAUACUAGCUAGUAAACAACUAGAGAAAAUAAAGAGACUGAUAAAUGUUAAGGGAUGGAAAAUUCAAAGAUUAGAUGCAACAGAAGCUUUUAGGAGGAAACAGAGAAAUGCAGAGGAAGAAGCAGAUGAAAUUUGGAAGAAUAUGUGA